UUCGAGGACUUACAAGUUGCCUUGUUUUCCUUAUGCAUUUCUUGUUUGGAUUUACGAAACUAUUCCUCUUUGUCAGAAGGCUGGUUUUUGUGAAUAUGAUAGUGAUCCAGAAUAUAGGAUUUGUAGAUGGUUGAAUGUGGGUCUUCCUAAUAAUAGUGCUGUUGAGAGGAAAGUUUUUUCAUCUCCUAAGCUGAAAGGUGAAUAUAUAUUUCCUACAGAUGAAGAGAGAUCAAUGCUUAAUCUAUCUGGUCUUGAGUUUAUUGAGAAGGAAGAUUCAGAUGUUGAUGUUGAUCGAGUUGGUGCGAUUGGUUUACAAUCUUCUAUUUUAAAUGAGUUAAGGAGGGACGUUAAAAAAGUAAUUCAAAAGCAAUUACAUUUUGAUGGGUCUUUUGAGGGUUUUACAUCAGAUAUUAAGUGUAGAUUCAAGGAGUUGGAACUCAAUAUGAUUUCCCACAUAGAUUCUAAGAUUGAUGAAAGUUUGCAAUUUUACUUGGAUUUGAAAUUUAAUGACUUGAAAGAAAAGUUUGAUGAUUUAAAAGCUUCUCAGAGUGUCGUGGAUAUCCGUGAUGAUAGUGGUGGUGAUAGUGAUGAUGAAUCUGGUUUGAAAGAUGGUGUUAAUGUUGAUUUGGCAGUGAAGGAUGAUCUAGUUAUGAAAGAGGUUGAUGAUGUAGAUUUGGUUACUGAAAAUGUUAAAGAUUAUUCUAUUGAUCCUGUUUUAAAUCUUGCUGAAAGUGGUGGUGUGUUGGUUAAUGAGGGAGACACUGUUGUAGAGGGUGAAGGUUUACAAAAUGUUGGAGAUGGUGGUUUGGUAAAAGAAGGACACCUUUGCUUUCUUGAUAUUACUGUUUACAGGUAA